CGAGACUGUGGUGACUCUAAAGAGGCGGCGGCGGCGGCGGCGGUUAUAGCAGCGGCGGCGGCAGCAGCAGGAGCAGCAGGAGGAGGAGGAGGAGAAGCGGGCGCGGGAGGGACGGGAAUGGUGCGUUUGGCGGAGGCAAUGGCCUUUGCUGCCCAGCCGUCUCCCCUCCGUCCUGGCCGAGGUUGUGAGGAGGACACCCGAGACCGAUAAAUAAUGAGACAUCUAUUAGCUACUUAAAGUAGCUGAAUCAUGGCUCAGUUUCCAACACCUUUUGGAGGCAGCCUGGACAUUUGGGCCAUAACUGUGGAAGAGAGAGCGAAGCAUGAUCAGCAGUUCCACAGUUUGAAACCAAUAUCUGGAUUUAUCACUGGUGAUCAAGCCAGGAAUUUUUUUUUUCAGUCUGGUUUACCUCAACCAAUUUUAGCACAGAUAUGGGCUCUGGCAGAUAUGAACAAUGAUGGGAGAAUGGACCAACUGGAAUUUUCUAUAGCUAUGAAACUUAUCAAAAUAAAACUACAAGGUUAUCAGCUCCCUUCUGUAUUACCUCCUAUUAUGAAGCAGCCUCCUAUUGCUAUUUCUACCACAGCAGGAUUUGGGAUAAGUGGUAUACCACCUCUUUCAGCUGUUGCUCCAGGGCCAAUUACAUCCAUACCAGUUGUGGGAAUGUCUCCACCUUUAGUAUCUUCUGUUCCUACAGCAGCUGUGCCUCCUGUUGCUAAUGGAGCACCAGCUGUUAUCCAACCUCUACCACCUUAUGCUCAUCCCGCAACAUUGCCAAAGAGUUCCUCCUUCAGUAGAUCUGGUGGAGGAUCCCAACUAAAUGCAAAGCUGCAAAAAGCACAAUCAUUUGAUGUGGCUGGUGCAUCUCUGGCAGUAGAGUGGGCUGUUCCUCAGUCAUCAAGACUAAAAUACAGGCAGCUAUUCAAUAGUCAUGAUAAAACAAUGAGUGGACAUUUAACAGGUCCACAAGCAAGAACUAUCCUCAUGCAAUCAAGUUUACCACAGGCUCAGUUGGCUACAAUAUGGAAUCUUUCAGAUAUUGAUCAAGAUGGAAAACUGACAGCAGAAGAGUUUAUUCUAGCUAUGCAUUUAAUCGAUAUGGCUAUGUCAGGACAGCCAUUGCCACCUGUGUUAUCCCCAGAAUAUAUUCCCCCUUCAUUUAGAAGAGUUCGUUCUGGCAGUGGUGUAUCUGUCACUAGUUCAAUGUCUGUAGAGCAACGGUUACCAGAAGAACCAGUAUUAGAAGAGGAACAGCAGCAACUGGAAAAGAAAUUGCCCGUUACAUUUGAAGAUAAAAAACGUGAGAACUUUGAACGUGGCAAUCUAGAGCUUGAAAAGCGGAGACAAGCUCUUUUGGAACAACAAAGAAAAGAGCAAGAGCGCCUUGCACAGUUGGAAAGGGCAGAGCAAGAAAGGAAGGAACGUGAACGGCAAGAGCAGGAGCGGAAAAGGCAACUGGAAUUGGAAAAACAAUUAGAAAAACAAAGAGAAUUGGAACGCCAGAGGGAAGAGGAAAGGAGAAAAGAAAUAGAAAGGCGUGAGGCUGCUAAAAGAGAACUGGAAAGGCAGAGACAACUUGAGUGGGAACGUAAUCGUCGUCAAGAAUUGCUGAAUCAAAGAAACAAAGAACAAGAAGAUAUAGUUGUUUUGAAAGCUAAGAAAAAAACUUUGGAGUUUGAACUGGAAGCUUUAAAUGAUAAAAAACAUCAACUGGAAGGGAAGCUUCAGGAUAUCAGAUGCAGAUUGGCUAUUCAGAGGCAAGAAAUUGAGAGCACAAACAAAUCUAGAGAGCUGAGGAUUGCAGAAAUCACACAUUUACAGCAGCAGUUACAGGAAUCUCAGCAAAUGCUUGGAAGGUUGAUUCCAGAAAAACAGUUACUCAAUGACCAGUUAAAACAAGUUCAGCAGAACAGCUUGCAUCGAGAUUCAUUUCUCACUGUCAAAAGAGCUUUAGAAGCAAAGGAGUUAGCAUGCCAGCAGCUUCGUAACCAGCUAGAUGAAGUAGAAAAAGAAACCAGGUCAAAACUUCAGGAGAUAGAUAUUUUCAACAACCAACUAAAGGAUUUGAGGGAAAUACAUAACAAGCAGCAGCUACAGAAGCAAAAGAAUAUAGAAGCUGACAGACUAAAACAGAAAGAGCAGGACAGGAAAAUAGACCUGGAAAAACAGAAAGAAAACCAGAGAAAAACCCAAGACCGAGAAAGACCGUGGCUUGACAGAAUACAACAGGAAGAAGAACAUUCAAGGUCAAGAAAAAAUCAAGAGGAAGAAAAACAAAAAUGGGAAGAAUUAAACAAAAAGAAAGAAAACGAUGAGAAAAACAAACAGGAAGUACAAGAAAAAAUGAAUAAAUUUUUUCAUCACCAUAAAGAUUCAAUAAAACCAACUAUCCAAGCUCCCUGGUCAACUGCAGAAAAGGCUCCACUAACUUUUUCUGCUCAGGAAGAUGUAAAAAUAGUUUAUUAUCGAGCUCUGUAUCCUUUUGAAUCCCGAAGCCAUGAUGAAAUCACUGUCCAGCCAGGAGACAUUAUCAUGGUGGAUGAAAGCCAAACUGGAGAACCGGGAUGGCUUGGAGGUGAACUGAAGGGAAAAACAGGAUGGUUUCCUGCAAACUAUGCAGAAAAGAUGUCUGAAAAUGAAAUUCCAAGUUCCAUAAAGCAGCUAACUGAUGUGACAUCUGUACCUAAAAUUUCAUUACGUGAAACCCCUUCAAUACCUAUGGCCCCACCUACAGUUCCUACAGAUUCAAGCCCUACUAGCAACAACUGGGCAGACUUCAGUUCAACUUGGCCAACAACUACUAGUGAUAAGCAAGAAACAGAUAACUGGGAUGCUUGGGCAGUUCAGCCUUCCCUUACAGUUCCAAGCACAGGACAGUUAAGGCAAAGAUCUGCCUUUACUCCUGCAACUGUUACUGGAUCCUCUCCUUCUCCUGUUUUGGGUCAGGGUGAAAAAGUAGAAGGACUUCAAGCACAAGCAUUAUAUCCUUGGCGAGCCAAAAAAGACAACCAUUUAAAUUUUAACAAGAAUGAUAUCAUCACUGUGUUAGAACAGCAAGAUAUGUGGUGGUUUGGAGAGGUUCAAGGACAAAAAGGAUGGUUUCCUAAAUCCUACGUGAAGCUUAUAUCAGGUCCUAUAAGGAAAUCAACAAGCAUGGAUUCUGGAUCUUCAGAGAGUCCUGCUAACUUAAAGAGGACAUCACCAGUUUCAAAAUCUACAUUUUCAGGAGAAGAAUAUAUUGCUAUGUAUACAUAUGAGAGCUCUGAACAAGGAGAUUUAACAUUUCAGCAGGGAGAUUUAAUUCUUGUGACCAAGAAAGAUGGUGAUUGGUGGACAGGAAUGCUGGGUGAAAAAUCUGGAGUAUUUCCAUGUAACUAUGUUAGACUCAAAGACUCUGAGGUUCCUGGAACUGCUGGAAAAACAGGAAGCUUAAGCAAGAAACCUGAAAUAGCUCAAGUCAUUGCCUCAUACACAGCAACAGGCCCUGAACAGCUUACUCUUGCUCCUGGUCAGCUAAUACUUAUAAGGAAGAAGAAUCCUGGGGGAUGGUGGGAAGGAGAACUCCAAGCUCGUGGGAAAAAACGGCAAAUAGGAUGGUUUCCUGCUAAUUAUGUGAAACUCUUAAGCCCUGGUACUAGUAAAACCACACCAACUGAGCCCCCUAAAUCAACAGCAUUACCUUCAGUGUGCCAAGUGAUUGGUAUGUAUGACUACAUUGCACAAAACGAUGAUGAACUAGCAUUCAACAAAGGCCAGAUCAUUAAUGUCCUUAAUAAAGAAGACCCUGAUUGGUGGAAAGGAGAAGUGAAUGGGCAUGUGGGUCUCUUCCCAUCCAACUACGUGAAAUUAACAACUGAUAUGGAUCCAAGCCAGCAAUGGUGUGCUGAUUUGCAUCUUCUAGACAUGUUGACACCUACAGAAAGGAAACGGCAAGGGUACAUUCAUGAACUCAUAGUAACGGAGGAGAAUUAUGUGAAUGAUUUGCAAUUAGUAACAGAGAUCUUCCAGAAGCCACUGAUGGACUCUGAACUGCUGACAGAAAAAGAAGUUGCUAUGAUUUUUGUAAACUGGAAAGAACUUAUUAUGUGCAAUAUUAAACUAUUGAAAGCACUGCGAGUUCGUAAAAAGAUGUCAGGUGAAAGAAUGCCAGUUAAAAUGAUAGGUGAUAUCCUGACUGCACAGCUUCCUCACAUGCAGCCCUACAUUCGAUUCUGCAGCUGCCAGCUGAAUGGGGCAGCACUCAUACAACAGAAAACAGAUGAAGUGCCUGACUUUAAAGACUUUGUUAAAAAAUUAGCAAUGGAUCCUCGCUGUAAAGGAAUGCCAUUGUCAAGCUUUUUGCUGAAGCCUAUGCAGCGGGUUACACGAUAUCCUCUAAUAAUAAAAAAUAUAUUGGAAAAUACUCCUGAAAAUCACCCUGAUCAUAGCCACUUGAAACAUGCUUUAGAGAAAGCAGAAGAAUUGUGUUCACAGGUUAAUGAAGGUGUACGUGAGAAAGAAAAUUCAGACAGAUUAGAAUGGAUCCAGGCUCAUGUUCAAUGUGAAGGAUUAUCAGAGCAACUUGUUUUUAAUUCUGUUACAAACUGCUUGGGGCCACGCAAAUUCCUGCACAGUGGAAAACUCUACAAGGCCAAGAGCAACAAGGAAUUGUAUGGUUUUCUUUUCAACGACUUCCUCCUGCUGACACAGAUCAUAAAACCUCUUGGUUCAUCUGGCACAGACAAGGUUUUCAGUCCCAAGUCUAAUCUGCAAUAUAAAAUGUACAAAACCCCUAUAUUUCUAAAUGAGGUUUUGGUAAAACUGCCUACGGAUCCUUCUGGGGAUGAACCCAUCUUCCACAUCUCACAUAUUGAUCGAGUCUACACGCUUCGUGCAGAAAGUAUAAAUGAAAGGACAGCUUGGGUUCAGAAAAUCAAAGCUGCUUCUGAACUUUACAUAGAAACAGAGAAGAAGAAGAGGGAAAAAGCAUACUUAGUCCGAUCCCAAAGGGCAACAGGUAUUGGAAGGUUAAUGGUGAACAUUGUUGAAGGUAUUGAACUGAAGCCCUGCAGAUCUCAUGGAAAGAGUAACCCGUAUUGUGAAGUGACGAUGGGGUCACAAUGUCAUAUCACCAAGACUAUACAGGACACUCUCAAUCCCAAAUGGAAUUCUAACUGUCAGUUUUUUAUCAAAGAUUUGGAACAAGAUGUGCUGUGCAUAACAGUGUUUGAGAGAGAUCAAUUCUCUCCUGAUGAUUUCUUGGGUCGAACAGAAAUUCGUGUGGCUGAUAUUAAGAAAGACCAAGGCUCAAAGGGACCAGUUACAAAGUGUCUUCUCCUGCAUGAAGUCCCAACAGGAGAGAUAGUUGUCCGACUUGAUCUGCAGCUGUUUGAUGAACCUUAAAAAGGAAAAUGUGAGAGGUUUCUACGAAAUAGCUCAGUUCUUUUAGAAGAGAUGAAUAACUUGCCCUGCAGAUGUUAUGGACUCUUAUUAGCCAGAUUAAUUUUUGACAAUACUGAAUUCCAAAUUAUGAGAAAAAUGUUAUUUUUUGUUUUAUUUUUGUUCUGAUGUUUUCUGUGGAAUUUCUGCUGCAGUAUUCAGGGUUUCUAGAAUAACAGACCUUAGUCUGUGCUCUGACAAGGUAGAGAAAAGAUUGCACUUUUUCCUGGUUCCUGCAGCAUGUGAUGUCAAGAGGGUUUUGGACUUUCUAAUGAUUUAUCCUAGAGUGUUGUGCCUAUUGCCCCUCAGAGUAGUAUAUAAACAAAUUGUGAAUAUAUUUAUAUAAAAAUACUUAUAACAUGAAUGCAUUCUUGCCAUGUAAGAUAUUUGGAUUUUUUUUUAGGAAGUUCAUAUUUGGAUGUUUUUUUUAAAGAGGAAAGAAAGAAAUGUUGAAGUGACAGGUAGCCUGGAAUGUUUUCCGGAGAUUAAAUGAAGGAUGCUUUUUCAUAGCAUUUGUUAAAGCAGAAAUUUUGUGGAUUAAGAAUAAAUUGCUGGUCCAGGGUGCAGUAACUUAAAACCCUUCCCUUUAGCAGGCAAGACUUUUAAAUGGACCUGAAACCUGUUGCCUCUCAUAUAAAUAUUAGGUGUCUUUCACCAAACAGAUUAAUCUCUAUCCAUGCAUCAAUGCUUCAGGUAUUUGUAUUUUACUUGAGUUGUAAAGGAUUGUUGAUCCAAUUAGCAAAGGGUCACACAAGUCCUACAGUUUGGUUGCUGUACCUUGCAAUAAUAUUAUUAAAUUGCUGCUGGGAGAUUAAUCUAAUGGUAAGGAAAGGUUGCUCUAGUUCACAAAACCGGUCAUUGUCCAUGAAGACAAGGCUGCACUAUCCAGACAGGACAGUUUAUUACACUGCAUUGUGCCUCAGUCAAAUGAAAGCAUACUCCAUGGUUUUGAAACUACAGUAACAACAUAUUGUAACUCAUCAAGAUAGUUGUAGAUUGGCCUGCCAAACAUUGGAUGUGCUGAGAUUUUGCAAAGUGAGGGAUCUCAGUCAAAGGAACCUGUUGCUAUCCUGCAAAUGCAAACAUUCACUGGCGUUCUGCAAUUUCAAAUAGGAAAAACUUGAUUCAGCAGUGUGCUUAAAAAUCAUUUAAACAAGAGACUAUUUGCUUAAGAACUUGGAAUGAACUUGACCCACUGACAGAAGAAUUUGGGUCAGUGCAAGUUCAUUUUGUUUGUGUUUUCAAUUAUUCCACUUGAUACCCAAGGAUCAUGCUGUAAAGGGGAUUUUUGUAGAUUUUCAGAAUGAGAGAUGUUGAUGGUUCUGUUAGCACGUCAAUGUUCUCGUGAGUUGUUGGCUUUGCUGUUCUUUGCAUGUUGUUUUGGUAUCAGUUUUCAUGUUUCCUGUGGAGAUGAAUGUUAUUUAGCACAGAAAAUCUUUAUUAUUUCCAUUAGGAAAUUAGAAUAACUUUAUACUUGAUAGGUAUAUGAGGUCUGGUGAUUAAUGUAAAUUGUGCUUGAAACUGUGUAUUAUUAUUUCCAAGGAAGCCACUGUAUUAUUUUCAGCAAUCUUUUUUUU